AGAAUCGAAAUAGAUUUUGGAAAUUGUUUUUUUCAAUUGAAAUUUUGACUGGCUAUUGCGCUUUGAUGUAUAGAAAAAACAAACGAUUCCAAUGUCUAUGUUUGACAAAUGAAUUGACAAUUGAGUUCAAAUUCAAAUAUUCUGACGUUUCAUUGUUGGAAGAAAGCGACUUGAACGCUUUUGCAUUCGCAUCUUCAUCUCGCGUCAUUACAAGCAGUUUUUGAGCAGAAAAAUGGAUAAAAUCCUCAAGAAAGAGAGUGGUCUAGAAGUGGUUAUUCACCGCACAUAUCAACAUUUUUAUCAAAAAAAAUGGUUCAAUGCGACCGGUGGCGGAAUGGCAAUAAAGAAAGAAGGAUUUGUUUACUUCAUACCGUCCUAUUUCAACGAGCAAUUACCCGAUUCAACAAAUGUAAAGAAAAUUGCGAUCGUCGACAUUCCAACCAAUAUUGACAUGUGUUCCGGUAUUUUCCCUUUGCCAGAUGGUUUUUCUACCGUUGUGCACACACAUUCAGUGGCUUCUAUUCGUGCUGCGAAUUAUUGGGGGAAAAAAUACUUCAAAUCUUUUUGUUUCAAGAAAAAUCAUAUCACAAAGAAUUUGGAUGGCAUCAUCGGAGCAAAAGCGAGCGGUUCCGCAGGAGAUGAAAAUCUCGAAGUUCCAAUUAUCGAAAAGAAUAAUUUUGACGACAUUGUGAAUGCAGCAACGGUUGGGUCCAAUGUGAACAGUGUUCUGGUGGAAGACCAUGGUCUCUAUGUCUUCGGUGAAACAUGGCAACAAGCGAAAGUGACAUGCGAAACUUUGGAAUUCCUCUUUGAACUGGAACUGGAACUGGAACUGACGAAAAAACCAGAAGCAGAAACAAAGCAAUUUGCAUUACUACAAGGAUUAUGAUAUAUCGUGCGGAUCAUCAUGUACGAUCAAAAAAUCCAACAUAAAACACAGCACAGUUACUUAACUUAUAGUUAACCAGUUCAAUCAUAACGUUUCUUUUCAACAAAUACAAAACAACAACAACAACAACAAAAAUUUAAUAAUUUACGAGCA